AUGAAGGACUACAUUAUCCUUGAUUAAAUAGGCAGGGGUGCAAAUGCAACUGUUUAUAAGGUCUAAUGCCAUUAAGAUCAGAGAGUUCUUGCUUUGAAAGUCACAGACAAAGAAAAGGUAGCAAAAUCUUCAUAGAAUGGAACUCUCAAUAGAGAGAUAAUGAUACAUUCAAAAUUGAAGAGUCCUCAUAUAAUAGAACUUUACCAGCAUUUUGAAGAUAAAGAGAACCUAUAUAUGCUGAUGGAGUAUUAAGACUGUGUUGAUUUAUAUAAGCAGCUUAAGGAACAUAAGCAGCAGUGUGGCUACGGCUUUGAUGAAAUUAAAGUUGCUAAGAUAAUGAAAAAGGUAGCGAAGGGUGUGAAAUACAUGCAUGAUCUCGGCUACAUUCAUAGAGAUCUUAAGCUUUCCAAUAUCUUGUAUACAAAAGAUGAGCAGGUUAAGAUCUUGGAUUUCGGAAUAACCAUUCACAUCCAAGAUUUGAUGAACUCUCCAAAUGAAUAAUGCGGUACACCAAACUAUCUUUCUCCAGAAAUUGGAUUGAAAUAAGCCUAUGACUUUAAAACUGAUAUUUGGUCUCUUGGCUGUAUCUUAUAUGCUCUUUUUACUGGAUAUCCUCCUUUUGAAUGCCCAGAUUCAAAUGGUACUAUUUAAAGGAUCAUUUAGUGUAAGUAUAAAAUGCCUUAGGACCUAACUGAGGAUGCUUAAGAUCUUAUUUCCAAGAUGCUAGUAAAAGAUCAAAAGAAGAGGUACACUAUAGAUCAAGUGCUUGCUCAUUCUUAUCUAAGCAAAGAUGAAAGCUUAAUGGAGAGUUAAAUCAGCAAAACUAAUAUCAAUUAUGAGCACGAAGAACCCUAGAAAUUUGAGACUAUCAACUUUGAAAAGGAAAGCGACCCUGAUAAUAUUUACUCUGCAGAAACUCCUGCCUUUCACGAAUAUCUUAGUAGUAAAAAUAAACAAAAGAGUAAAAUUCUAGAACUUUAAAGUAAAUAGAGCUGUUCUAAAAAUCUUUAAUAUGAGGACAUCGAGGCUAAAGAGAAUAACUACAAUUUCAAGCAAAAAUAGAUGAAACUCAGUAAAAUCAAGCAGAAACUGGAUGAACGUGUGAAUUAAGUCACUCAAAAUAUUUUACAAUAAAAGGCAUAUCAUAACCCACUGUAGGAGAUAUAAAUUUAGCCAACCAGUGUUAAGCAUCAGAAUCAAAACAUAAUGGUUUCUGAUGAGCAGUAUUCUAUUGAUCAUAAGAAAAAAUAGAAAAAGAACUAUGAAGAAAUAAAGUUAGAGUUGAUUUCGACAAUUAGACUCUAGCCAAUCAAACAUUAAACUCCUAAUGGUGGGUACAUCAAAAUCAACAAAAAAGGUGAAGUUGUCCAACUGCUUCACAAACAGCAAAAGAAGUUAUACAUUUCUCCAAAUGGCUAGAGUGUCUCGAUAAAAUCUCUAGCCCUAGAAAAUGACUACGAGGUUUAAUAUAGAUUCGAUAGGUUGCCUUCUAAACUUAAACCUUGGUAUAAGUAUGCUAUGGACUUUGUCAAAGUAAUGAAGAGUAAAACUCCAAAGAUAAUAUAUGCUAAUGAAGUACUGAAAUGCUAUAUGAUGGAAAAUGAACCCCUAGCUAAUAUCGAGAUAGAGUUCUUAACUUAGCCUAAGGAAAAGAAUAGCGUGAAGAUAUUCAGUUAGGUAGGCUCAGAGAUGAUAGAAUUGACUUAUAGAGAUAAGAUUAUCAAAUCCAAAGUAUAAUCUUUCCUAAUAAAUCUGUUCUAAAAUUAUGAUGAUCUUGAUAGGUAGCAGCAAUACUAUGUAGAUGAGGCUCAUAAAUGCAUUUCUCUUUGUAACGAAGUUAACAAUCAAUGCCACCAGAAUUCUGAGUAUCCAAUCAUUAUAGAUGAGAGAUUAAGUAAUCAAGAAAGCAAGUGA